ACCGACACUACAUUAUUGGAGCUCAAGACAUUUAAGACUAAGAACCGGCUCAAGAAGCGAACCCGUAGGAAAGCACAUGAUUCUCGUCAGUUUGCAAAGCGCGAGAUGCGGCCGAAUGAAAUCUAUCAUCCGGCGCGGUUACGAGGCUACCUUAGUCCUCAGAGUGGGGGAAACACACUCCAUGGCAAUGGGUUAGUCAUGAUGCCGACUGCAAUUUUCGAUCCACUCUGGCUGCGUGUCGAUAAUGCUGAAUCUUCUAUUGGGUUGUUGGAUGAUAGUGAGCGAAUGAUGGAAGAUCUCAGGUCGUUCCCAGACGCAUUUAGCGAUCCAGAUGCUGUUUGCCCAGCUCAGGUCAAUAAGUCACAUCAUCGAGGAAACGAAAAUGAAAAAGAUUUCGCGGCAGGUCCGGAAGUCUUUUUCACCGGCGCAUACGCGUACCAUUGGCAUAACAAUUGGCGCACUCCCAUUGAUCCCGAUAGCUGGAUUGGGCUGAUGCGCAAAGCCUAUGACGGGUUUCUAGCAGGAGAGCGGCCUAACCUCUAUGGAGAGUGGCUCCGUGAUGAUGGCCAGGUCUAAUAAUAAUCUUCGUCAUGGCCCCACGGACUCACAUUGCAGUCCUUGGUGGUGGAAUCUCGGGUCUGUCCGUAGCCUGGUACUUGGCACGGAUAUCCCCUCCCAAUGUGG